AUGGCGCACUCUGAGCUGUUUGUGACAAGAGCGCCCCCUGUGGAGGGGAAAGCAGUGGAGCUGGAUGUUCUCAGCUUCCUGGAUUCUUUUGGGGAAGAAAACAGCACUGCGGAGAGAUGCUACCGCUCACACUCCCACAGCAGCGUCCUCCAGGGUCUGCCGUUUGGAGGAGUUCCCACGGUCCUUGCCAUCAAUGUCGUGCUCUGGAUGUUCCUGUUGCUCAUCUUCUCCUGUCUGAGGAAGGCUGCAUGGGACUAUGGCCGCCUGGCUCUGCUGAUGGAGAAUGACAGUCUCACAUCCCUGUUUUAUGGAGAACCAAGUGAGAAAGAGAAGUCUCCAUCAGAGUCCAGCCCCUCUGACUCUGAGACCAAGGACAUGGGCUUCUGCACAUGGCUGUCAUCACUUUACCAUAUGAAGGAUGAUGAGAUCCGUAGCAAAUGCGGCAUUGAUGCGGUCACAUACCUGUCCUUCCAGCGCCACAUCAUCCUGCUCAUGACAGUGGUUUGCCUGCUGUCUUUGGCCGUAAUCCUGCCCAUCAACUUUUCCGGGAAACUCCUGGGGGACAGUCCUGAAAACUUUGGAAGAACAACACUGGCUAAUGUAAGCGCAAAGGACAGCUUUCUGUGGCUCCACAGCAUCUUGGCUCUGAUCUACUUCAUUAUCACGUCGCUGUGCAUGGCUCACCACUUGAUACGGCUGGAGUACCGAGAAGAUGAGAAGGUAGCCAGGACACUGAUGAUUACCUCCAUACCAAGAGAGAUCUCUGACCCAGGACUCAUCACCAAACACUUCCAUGAGGCCUACCCCAGCUGUACUGUCACCGAUAUCCGAUUCUGCUUUGAUGUCCACAAGCUGAUGAGGCUGGACUUAGAAAGACGCAAGGCAAUGAAAGGCCGGCUGUAUUUUGCAACAAAGGCCCAAAAGGAGGGGAAGAUCAUGAUCAAGACCCAUCCAUGUGCUCAGAUAUUCUGCUGCGACAUCUGUGGCUUUGAAAAGGUGGAUGCAGAACAAUACUACAGCGAGUUAGAAGAAAAGCGGACGGACGAGUUUAAUGCUGAGAAGAACCGAAUCUCCAUGAAGAGGCUGGGAAUUGCCUUUGUGACUUUUCGUGAUGAGAGGAUGACUGCUGUCAUUGUGAAGGACUAUGGCUGUGUACGCUGCCGUCGCAGACCCCAGCAGUCCAGCAUCACCACUGUGGUGCAGUCGCACAAAUGGGGGAUCACCUACGCACCUGCUCCCAGUGAUAUCAUCUGGGAAAACCUGUCAGUGUGCGGCUCUCGCUGGUGGCUCCGAUGCGUCCUCCUCAACAUCCUCCUCUUCCUGCUGCUCUUCUUCCUCACCACUCCCGCCAUUAUCGUCAACACAAUGGACAAGUUCAAUGUCACGAGGCCUGUGGACAGCCUGCAGAGCCCUGUCAUUACCCAGUUCUUCCCAACCCUCCUGCUGUGGGCGUUUUCGGUACUCCUACCCUUCAUCGUCUACUACUCAGCCUUCUUUGAGUCCCACUGGACCAGAUCUGGUGAGAACCAAGUAACGAUGCACAAGUGUUUUUUCCUGCUGGUCUUCAUGGUCAUCAUCCUGCCUUCACUUGGUCUGUCCAGUCUGGACCUGUUCUUCACAUGGCUCUUCGAUGUCAACUUCCUGGAAGAAAAGGAGGUCAAAUUCCAGUGUGUGUUUCUUCCUGACAACGGUGCAUUCUUUGUGAACUAUGUGAUUACAUCCAGUCUGAUUGGCACAUCUAUGGAGCUGCUUCGCAUCCCAGCACUCACAGUGUAUGCCCUCCGCCUCUGCUUCGCCAAGUCCCAGGCUGAGCGCAUCCAUGUCAAACGGAGCCAGGCCUAUGAGUUCCAGUUUGGCCUUGAGUACGCCUGGACCAUGUGCAUCUUUGCAGUCAGUAUGACCUACAGCAUCACAUGUCCCAUCAUUACACCCUUUGGUCUGCUCUAUGUGAUUCUGAAGCACAUGGUCGACCGAUACAACAUCUACUAUGCAUACGUUCCCACUAAACUCAGCCAACGGAUCCACAGAGCAGCCAUCAGCCAGGUCAUCCUGGCUCCCAUCCUCUGCAUGUUCUGGUUGCUCUUCUUUUCAAUGCUCAGAUUAGGUCCAGUGCAUCCCAUAACUCUCUUCACCUUAGUGUCCCUGCUCUCCUGCAUUGCCUUUUCCCUCUUCCGCUUGUGCCUUAGGAAGCAACCAGACAAGUCGACAAGUUACCAGAUGUCUGAUCAGCCAGCAGAGGGGACGUUUACUGACGGAGACAGGAGUACUGUAACAUCCACCACUGCCUCCAAUCUGUUUGUGGCGUCCGUGCUGCUGGAGCCAGAGCUGGCUUUGACUCCCAUGCCGUCCCCGGCUCACCACAGCUACGGCGCCAUGGCCAGCUCCCAGAGUUCAAGCCACGGCGCGGCGGAGGAAGAGGAGUGUGAGGAAGGUCACGCCCAGACCCAUGAGACUGAACUCAAAGACCCCCCAGACCGCUACUGCUCCAGCCCACUCAUGGACAGCCCAGUAGGCUUCCAGUAACACCAAAUCCCC